GCGGGCUCUAGGGCUGAGAAUGUCCCCAGUGGGACUAGGCUGUGACUCUGGCCCGCUGUGAUCGUGGUGGCAUCACCUGUCCCCAGGCCCUCAGCUCAGGGCAGCCCCAGAGAAAGGGUUACGGGGCGGGGGGACACCCCAAGCUCCCUCAGAGGCUUAGGCUGCCCCUUCAGGGGAAGGGGUGCGGCCCCCGCCCCCAGCACUAUCUGGGAGGAUCUGCCACUGGAAAGCCUAAUCUGUGGCCGUGUUGGCAGCCAAUCACAGUGCCCCACAGAAAAUACCUAGGAGAGGUCUUGUGCCUGAGCCGGGCAGGUCCCAGCUCGGCCUCAGUCUGGCCCAAGCAGCCCUGGUGGUCGAGCUGCAGACGUUAACCUCCUCCUACAGCACAGAGUCCGGGGUCUGCGCAUGGCUUACCUGGCCCGACUUGGCCCAGGGCUGCUGUUGGCCACACUGUUGGUGGUGGCAGCAGCAGCUGAGCCUGUCCGUCUGCUGACUGUGCUCACGUCGGGUCGCGGUGCUCUGGACCGCUUGGCACUGGGCGGCCUAUUAAAUACGCUAGCGGCCCGUGUGCACUGCACCUCUGGGCCGUGUGGAAAGUGUCUGUCUGUGGAGGAUGUGCUGGCCCUUGGUUGGCCUGGGAAGCCAGGGCUUCCCCCGGAGCCUGUCCUGCACGCUGGGGACAUUGCCCGCCUCAGCGCGGCUGUGGCCCUCUACCUCAGCGACCCUGAGGGCACAUGUGCUGACAUCCAGGGGGGCCGCUGGGGCUCCCGCGCGGACCACUUCCUGGCUGCGCUUGAACGCCCUGAGGCCCUGACCCUGGGCCUGAGCCGGCUGCUCCAGAGGAUCCAGAUCCAGGGAGGCACCCAGCGUGCUUCGGAGGAGGCCUGUGUGGACGUACCUCAGCUGCUGGAAGAAGCAUCGGCGGAUGGCCCUGGGGGCCCCGGCCCAGCCCUGGCCGCCCUCCUGGACCACGUCAAGAGUGGCGCCUGCUUCCACGCCCUGCCCACCCCACAGUACUUCGUGGACUUUGUGUUUCGGCAACACAACAGCGAGGCCCCCAACAUUACACUGACUGAGCUGGCCGCCUUGAUGGAGAGCCUGGGGAUAGGAGGAGAAGGGGAGGCCCAUGGGUCCCAGGACCACAGUGACCACAGCAGCCAUAGCCGCCAGGGCCCUGUGCCCCUUGCCACCCCCAACAGCAGCUCCAAUGUGUGGGACACAGUAUGCCUGAGCCCGAGCGAUGUGAUGGCCGUGUAUGGGUUGUCAGAGCAGACCGGGGUGGCCCCUGAGGCCUGGGCCCAACUCAGCCCUGCCCUGGUGCAGCAGCAGCUGAGUGGGGCCUGCAGCCCCCAGCCCAGUAACCCCACCCAGGACCAGCUCAGCCAGGCAGAGAAGUACCUGUAUGGCUCACUGGCCACGCUGCUCAUCUGCCUGCUCUCGGUGCCGGGUGCACUGCUGGCCUGCAAGGGCUGCCCCACUGCCACUCACUACAUCAUCCAGACCUUUCUCAGCAUGGCUGUAGGCGCGCUCACUGGCGAUGCCCUUCUGCACCUGACACCGCAGGUGCUCGGGCUGCACAGCUAUGACAAUGACAACGAUCACAGCCACGGUGAGGAGGGUCUCAGUCCCCAGUCCACCUGGCGCCUCCUGGCUGUGCUUGGUGGCAUCUAUGCCUUCUUCCUGUUUGAGAACCUCUUCAACCUGCUGCUGCCCCAGGAUCCAGAGGACCUGGAGAAGGGCAAGUCCUGCAGCCGUGGCGGCCACAGCCACAGUAUGUCCCUGCAGCUGAAGCCCAGCCAGCUCCAGCCACCCAGGCAGCCCCAGGAGGGUUCGCAGGCUGACCUGGUCGUGGCAGAAAGCCCAGACCAGCAGAGUCAGGAGACCCCGAAACUGAGCUCAGAGUCGCGGCUUCUGCCCUACAUGAUCACGCUGGGUGACGCCGUGCACAACUUCGCCGACGGGCUGGCCAUGGGCGCCGCCUUCGCCUCCUCCUGGAAGACCGGGCUGGCCACCUCGCUGGCUGUGCUCUGCCACGAGUUGCCACAUGAGCUGGGUGACUUCGCAACCCUGCUGUACGCCGGGCUGUCGGUGCGCCGCGCGCUGCUGCUGAACCUGGUCUCGGCGCUCACAGCCUUCUUCGGCCUCUACGUGGCGCUCGCGGUCGGCGUCGGCGAGGACAGCCAGGCCUGGAUCCUGGCGGUGGCCGCGGGCUUUUUCCUCUAUGUGGCGCUCUGCGACAUGCUCCCAGCCAUGCUGCACGUGCGGGACCCGCGGCCCUGGCUGCUCUUUCUGCUGCACAACGUGGGCCUGCUGGGCGGCUGGGUCAUCCUGCUGCUGCUGUCCGUGUACGAGGACAAAAUCUCCCUCUGACCCAUAGUUUUUGGCUGAGACUCUGACCCCAGCCCCAGGCUACCUUGGCCCCUGGCACACCUACAACCUAUGUGUCUUUGAAAGGCACCCUCUCCUGCUCAAGUCACCAGCUUCAAUAAAGAUGCUCUUGCCCUGGGGCCAGGCCUGGCCUCCUCAAUGGGAUGGAAGGAUCUAAGUAAAGGCAGUGGAGGGGGCUUCUUCCUUUCUCUGCCUGGGGCCCUUGAAGGACUGCCUCUUCUCUUCUUCUGAUGAGGACACAGACCAUGAAUUGCAGGCCCACCUUACUCCAGGAUGACCACACCUUCA